AUGGCGCCAUCGACACCACGGAUGCCGCUGGCGCUGCUGGCCUUGUACUUCGUGCACGCCUUCUACAUGACGUUCCCGAUGACCGCGUACGGCGAGUGGCUCUUCGACGUGCUUCAUAUGCCUCCAUCUACGACGACGCUCUAUUACUCGGUCACUUUCUUCCCCUGGAACCUGAAGCCUCUCUACGGUCUCCUAUCCGACAGUCUCCCGCUCUUUGGAUACCGCCGCAAGUCGUACAUCGUCAUCUGCGAAGUACUUGCAGCUACGUCAUUAGUGCUCACUGCCACCUACGUACACUCUAUUGCCGGUGCCUUCGUCGUCAAACUGGUGGACGCAAUUGCCGAAGCCUUUGCCCAGCUCAUGCUCGGCAUCUUAUUGGUAGAUCUGACAACGGGAGACGCCACCAGUAGAAGCAGCGCUCACGUGCAGUCGCUGGCCAAUGGGACGAGGAAUGCCGCGUCCAUUGCAGCCUUGAUACUGGGCGUCCCAGUGUACAAGGACAAGAACAUUACGCCACAGCAAGUCAUCGGCUGGACCAGUUUACUGCCACUCACAGCAGUGGGAGUCUGUCUCCUUGGACUGAAAGAAACGCCAGUCUAUGAAUUUCUAGAUAGCCAAGAAGAGCGCUCUCUUGAACUCGAUGGGAUGAUCCCAGCGUCCUCGUGGAGCAACACGCUAAAGUCGUGGUGGCUUCCAUUCAAGCGCGAUCUACAGCACAAGAUGGAGCUUAUAAAGCCUGUACUCCCGCCUAUGCUCUUCUUCUUCCUGUGCAAUGCACUACCAGACGACGGGACGAUCUGGUACCAGUACACGUUCUCGCUCCUUAAAGACGAGCACGAGUGCGUGCAGUAUAUGUCUCUGGCCGGUAUGAUCGGACGCUUCCUCUCCUGUCUGUCGUACGCCAAGUGGUGUACCAACAAGAAUGUUCGAAGCGUCUUCCUCCUCUCCACAAUGUGCUCCGUAGCCGCCGGUCUUCCGCGGUUGUUGCUAGCGCCUCCUGUUGUCGAUCUACCAGUCUCAGUGUGCACCUUCAGUACAGUGGAGUCGUUCAUCACGUCCUUCACCUCCGAGUUCGUACUGUUGCAGUUGCUGGUUGUGGCCACGUAUUACUGUCCAGCCAAUCCGGAGGUUCAAGGACUCACAUAUGCCUUGUUUCUUUCGUUCAUGGACUUCGGUGGAGUUGUAUCGGGAGUGCUCUCCUCCUUCGUAGUGUCGGCACUAGGGAUUGUGCCCGACCCGACCACGAGGAUUGUAGAUUGGAGUCAUCUCUGGCAGGUCGUGGUGAUUGCAUCUGUCGGUCAGCUCCUGGUCUUGGUGUUUCUCGGUGUACUACCGGAGAAAGUUGACACCUCAGAAAACACAAGCAUUGAAGGAACUCGAGUCAAACUCAAAUCGAUUUCAAUGCCGUCAGACGAACCAGAGAAGCAGCCACUACUCAUGGAACCAGAAGCGUAUGCAGACGUGCGAGUGUGA